GUCGCGAGUUGUGGCACAUUCGUGAGCAAACAGGCAUAAACAACCGCCCACACCAACUGUCCACCGUCCGGCGCUCGCCGUCAGUGGGACCUACAUCUGUGACGCCAUCUACACACGAAACAUUCUCGAAUCCUCAAAAUCCCGUGCCCGCUCGUAUAUAAGCUAGCUAGCUCUCAGCUCUUUCCUCCAGAAACACACACAAAUCAUCAUGUCUUCUAACACCAACUUCAACUCUGCCGCCAUGGCUGCCGCUCGUCCGCAACAUCACGUCCACGGCAGCUCAGACCCUCUUCCAGGAACCCGAGGUGCCGAUCCCAGCGUUGACUACAGCGCCGAUACGAUUGAGCACGGUGGUCCCAACACCACCUGGAACGAGAGGGACGAAAGGCAAUUUACGACAGGCCAAAUGGGCCAACAUAGGGACGAAAGACAGUUUGGCCAAAUGGGCGAAACUGGGCAUCAGCAGAUGCAACAGCAGCAACAGCACCACGCCGCACAGGAUGGCCAAAAUGUUUUCAACUCGGAUCGACCAAUGAACGUUCAACCCACUGCAGCUGGUGGCGUAGCUAUCGGUGGUCGUAGCGAUCUUCCCGAAGGGCACGCGUCUGCGACUGAUAAACUCGUUGGAAAGACCCAGAAGGUCAUAGGCAAAAUGACCGGUAAACCAGAGAUGCACGAGAAAGGAGAGUUGCGAGAAACCGGUGGUAAGGCUGCCGCACAGGGGGGAGCACGAGCUGCUCAUGAUUAAACGAUGAACUGCAAGAAGAUUAAAGAAUAUUUUUGUAUUUCUAGGCUUUGCCACCUAAUGAUGUAUGAAUACACCA